GAGAGAGUGGAAGAAGGCAUCGCAGGUGACGCGGCGUAUUGCUCAUCGAGCCAAAGCCCGGUCGAAAGCACAGCAAAGCGAAGCGAAGCGUCGCGUAGAGCGGAUCGAAUUAACGUAGGUAGAAAGAAAAGUGGUCAGGGAGAAGCGGCAGCAUAGACUCUGACUUCGGGUCUAUGACUUGUCGUUGGGUGUUAGGCGAGGCCGUCAUUUCGGCCGGCAGUUGUUGUUGUUCGCGCGAGUGAAAUUUGUGAUCAGUGAAUGAAUAUUUCGACUCUCCGUGGCCGUUGAAAAGGAAAAGACGCGACUCGAUUGUACCGAGGAGCAGAAAGAUUUAUACGCAUUUGGCACAAUAAGCGUGCCGAGCGCGUGUUAGUUCAUCUGAAUACCGGACCGACAACACACGCUUCCAACUGUUGACAAGAUGGCGUCCAAGGGGCGAUUGGCGGUCGAGGAGCAUGGCCGUUCAGACUCUUACAGAGUCGCCACUCUGCCAAAUGUUCGGGACGACAACAAAACCGCUGACGGAAUGUACAAGUCGCGGCGGAAGAACCCAAAGCGGAAGGGGGACAAUUUGGAUGAUCUGAAACAAGAGUUGGACAUUGAUUUUCAUAAAAUCACACCGGAGGAAUUAUACCAGAGAUUUAGCACGCACCCCGAAAACGGCCUCAGCCACGCGAAGGCGAAGGAGAACCUGGAAAGAGAUGGACCGAACGCAUUGACGCCGCCGAAGCAGACGCCGGAAUGGGUGAAAUUCUGCAAAAACUUGUUCGGCGGUUUUGCGCUGCUUUUGUGGAUCGGAGCGUUCCUCUGCUUCAUCGCGUACUCGAUCCAAGCGUCGACGGUGGAGGACCCGAACGACGACAACCUGUACCUAGGAAUAGUCCUUGCGGCGGUGGUUAUAGUGACCGGAAUAUUCUCGUACUACCAGGAGAGCAAGUCGAGCAAGAUCAUGGAGUCGUUCAAGAACAUGGUGCCCCAAUUCGCGACCGUCCUUAGAGAGGGUGAGAAGCUGACGCUUCGGGCGGAGGACCUGGUGCUCGGUGACGUGGUCGAAGUGAAGUUCGGAGACCGGAUCCCGGCCGACAUCCGCAUCAUAGAAUCACGGGGAUUCAAGGUCGACAACAGCUCCCUGACGGGUGAGUCCGAGCCCCAAUCCCGGUCCCCGGAGUUCACGAAUGAGAAUCCACUCGAGACGAAGAACCUGGCAUUUUUCUCAACGAACGCCGUCGAGGGCACGGCAAAGGGAGUCGUGAUCUGUUGCGGGGACCAGACGGUGAUGGGACGCAUAGCUGGACUCGCGUCCGGACUCGAUACCGGAGAAACGCCGAUCGCCAAGGAGAUCCAUCACUUUAUUCAUCUGAUUACCGGAGUGGCCGUAUUCCUGGGGGUUACCUUCUUCGUCAUCGCCUUCAUCCUCGGCUAUCAUUGGCUGGACGCCGUCAUCUUCCUGAUCGGUAUCAUCGUCGCUAACGUCCCCGAGGGCCUGCUGGCCACGGUUACCGUCUGCCUGACGCUCACGGCGAAACGAAUGGCCUCGAAGAACUGCCUGGUAAAGAACCUCGAGGCUGUCGAGACCCUGGGAUCGACUUCGACCAUCUGCUCGGACAAGACCGGGACCCUGACGCAGAACCGGAUGACCGUGGCUCACAUGUGGUUCGACAACCAGAUCAUCGAGGCCGACACGACCGAGGACCAGUCCGGUGUUCAGUACGACAGAACUAGCCCGGGAUUCAAGGCGCUCGCCAAGAUCGCGGCGCUUUGUAAUCGUGCCGAGUUCAAAGGUGGUCAGGACAACUUGUCGAUACUGAAGAAGGAGGUGAACGGCGACGCGUCCGAAGCCGCGCUUCUCAAGUGCAUGGAACUCGCGCUCGGCGAUGUGAUGGGCGUCAGGAAGCGCAACAAGAAGGUCUGCGAGAUACCGUUCAACUCCACCAACAAGUACCAGGUCUCCAUUCACGAGUCCGACGAUCCCAACGACCCCCGACAUCUCCUUGUGAUGAAGGGCGCGCCAGAGAGGAUCCUCGACCGAUGUAGCACCAUAUUCAUUGGCGGAAAGGAGAAGGUACUGGACGAGGAGAUGAAGGAGGCGUUCAACAACGCGUAUCUCGAACUCGGUGGACUCGGCGAGCGUGUUCUUGGUUUCUGCGACUUUGUUCUACCCUCUGACAAGUUUCCACUUGGUUACAAAUUCAACUGCGAUGACCCCAACUUCCCGGUCGAGGGACUCCGCUUUGUGGGACUCAUGUCCAUGAUCGAUCCGCCCAGGGCUGCGGUGCCGGACGCUGUUGCCAAGUGCCGGUCAGCCGGUAUCAAGGUCAUCAUGGUCACUGGUGACCAUCCUAUCACUGCCAAAGCCAUUGCCAAAUCCGUUGGUAUUAUUUCUGAAGGAAACGAGACGGUCGAGGAUAUCGCGCAGCGUUUGAACAUACCGGUAGCCGAAGUUAAUCCGCGGGAGGCUAAAGCGGCUGUAAUCCACGGUUCGGAACUGAGGGAAUUGGACUCCGAUCACCUGGACGAAAUAUUGCGAUACCACACAGAAAUUGUAUUCGCACGUACUUCGCCGCAACAGAAGCUGAUCAUCGUUGAGGGUUGUCAGCGAAUGGGAGCCAUUGUGGCCGUCACAGGCGACGGUGUUAACGACUCUCCGGCGCUGAAGAAGGCCGACAUCGGAGUCGCGAUGGGCAUCGCGGGUUCCGACGUAUCGAAGCAAGCCGCCGACAUGAUUCUGCUCGACGACAACUUCGCCUCGAUCGUCACGGGGGUCGAGGAGGGCCGGCUGAUUUUCGACAAUUUGAAAAAAUCAAUCGCCUACACGCUCACCUCGAACAUUCCCGAGAUCUCACCCUUCCUCGCCUUCAUUCUCUGCGAUAUUCCGCUGCCCCUUGGAACCGUAACCAUCCUCUGCAUCGACUUGGGAACCGACAUGAUACCGGCAAUCUCAUUGGCGUACGAGCAUUCGGAGUCUGAUAUAAUGAAGAGGAGGCCCCGAAACCCGUUGUGCGACAAUCUCGUUAACGAAAGGCUGAUCUCAAUGGCUUACGGACAGAUCGGUAUGAUCCAAGCUGCCGCCGGUUUCUUCGUCUACUUCGUAAUUAUGGCUGAGAACGGUUUCCUACCAACGAAACUGUUCGGUAUCAGGAAACAGUGGGACUCUAAGGCUAUCAACGAUCUCACGGACAGCUACGGCCAAGAAUGGACAUUCCGAGACCGAAAGACGUUGGAAUUCACGUGCCACACGGCGUUCUUCGUAUCGAUCGUGAUUGUGCAGUGGGCCGAUCUGAUCGUCUGUAAGACACGCAGGAACUCGAUAAUACAUCAGGGCAUGAGAAAUUGGGCCUUGAAUUUCGGCCUGGUAUUCGAAACAGCCCUGGCUGCUUUCCUCAGCUACACACCGGGAAUGGACAAGGGACUGCGCAUGUUCCCGCUCAAAUUCGUGUGGUGGUUACCGGCGAUACCGUUCAUGAUUUCGAUUUUCGUAUACGACGAGGUGAGACGAUUCUACCUCCGCCGGAACCCUGGCGGCUGGCUCGAACAAGAAACUUAUUACUAAACGAUCUAUAUACAUAUAAAUUAUAUACAUAUAUAUAUAUAUAUACAUAUGUAUAUAUACAUGUAUGUAUAUAUAGUCAACAGUAACAAUGCUAAUUCCAUUACACACGCGUUAGCAUUUGCAGAAAAAGAGAAGGAAGAUUAAUAAUGAGAAUGAAAAAUAAGAAUAAUAAGGAAUAAAGUACACCGCGAAAAUUGAAAAAAAAAAAUAUAUAUUUAAGAAAACAAUACAAAAAAAAAAAAAACCAACAAGAAAAAACAAAAAAAAAAAAAACAUCAACAACAAUCGCAUCAACAACAAUCGCCACAAUCACACGUUCAUAUAUAUAAAAACACAAGGCAGACACUCACUCACACACACACACACACACACAAACUCGCGCACGCAUACAUACACGCAUACUUAGAAACACACGCGCGCGCAUUCACGACACGCAUACAUAUAUUAAUACACAUUUUUACACGGGGCGUGCUUAUUACCUCUUAUAUAAUAAUAUAUAAUAUCUGUUAUACAUAGUAUGCGCAUCGGCUGUAUUUCAAGUGCUGCGACAUGUGGUGAAAUACUAACGAAAAAAUGGAAAGUGAAAGGAGAAAAGAUAGCCAAAAAAAAAAAAAAAGAAAAGAAAACGAAAUUUUAAACAGCGACAGAGAAGUGUUUAAAAAUUAAUGAAAAAAUACAAUAAAAGAAAGAAAAAAAACAUGAAUGCUUCUGCAAUGGACGUUGUUAUUGAUACCAUGUUUGUCAUCGUUGUCAUCGUUCUCGCAUUAUUAUAUUUACACAUCAGUCAACUAUUGUCCCAUUUUACGUAUAGCCGGAGAGACAAAGAGAGAGAGAGAGAGAGAGAGAGAGAGAGCGAGAUAGAGAGAGAGAGAGAAUGAAAGACAAGAAGGUUCACACAUCCUGACGCUAUAACAAUUUUCAUUGUUAUUGUUAUUCUCGCAAGGUAUGAAAAUGUUUGAUCAAUUUCAAAUUCUUUUUUUACCUCCUCUUUUUACGGUCAAUCCCGCAUAGUUUACAUCCUUUACUUUCUCACGUCAUUCGUCAAGUUUCAUUAUUCUUUGUGUGCUUUUUCUAUAUAUAUAUAUAUAUUUUUUUUUCUUCUCUUUUUUUAUUCACAGCAUACGCGUGUUUUCUUCGUUUUUUUUCUAUCUCUUCCACCUGCGAGGGGUAGGAGAAAAAGAGAAGAAGAAAAAAAAACGACCACAAAAAUACCAUCCAGUAUGCUAGAUAAUUGGCACGCCCUAUAUAUACAUUAUAUAGGCAUACGUAGAAAUCGAAGCGCGAGUUAUUACACACACAUAUACACAAAGACAAAAACACGCAACACGCGCGCGUUAUUCUUAUUAUUAUGCAUAUACCAUAUAAAAUAUGAAGGUAAAGAAAAGAAAAAAAAAAAAAAGAAUAAAAAAUUAUACAUAUAAAUAAUAAUUUAAUUUACGAGAUUAUAUAUUAUGUAGGCAAUAUGCAUACGCGCGUAUAUAUAUUAUAUGAUAAUAUAUACGUUGUAAUAUGUGUUAUAUAUAUUCCGUGUUACUUGACGAGGGAGAAGAGAAGAAGCAGAUGUGAAAAAAAAAAUUAAGAAAAAUUCUGGUAAUAUAUAUACGAACAUAUGCGUAUAAAACGUGUGCAAAAAAUUUCAAGGGAAAUAAAACGAGCGUAAAGAGAAAAAAAAAAUAAAUAAAU